AUGGAAAUCACAACAAUGGCGCAAGCUACACAACUACACGCCCAAUUUCUGAAAUACCCACAAACGGAUCCUCAAAACCUAAGCAAAAUCUUCAAUUUCACUGCUCUAUCUCCUUCUGGUAACCUCACAUACGCACGCCACAUUCUUAACUCUCUACAAACCCCAACCAAUUCGUAUUUCCACAAUACCAUGAUACGAGCUUACUCUGACUCACCUGACCCCAUUCAGUCCAUCUCCCUCUUCCUCACCUUGCAUAAUUGCGAAGACCCAUUGUCUCCUACACCUGACAGUUUCACUUACCCGUUUGUCCUCAAAGCCUGCUCCAAGCUAAAACAAAAAAGAUUCGGUCAGCAGCUCCACGGGUUGAUAUACAAGUCUGGGUUUGCCCUGGAUUUGUAUAUUCAAAAUGCCCUGAUCCAUUUCUAUUCGGGUUGUGAUGAAACGGGACUAGCAUGGAAAGUGUUUGAUAAAAUGCAUGAGAGAGAUGUGGUUUCAUGGACUUCGAUAAUUAAUGGGUUUGUUGAUAAUAAGAGGACUGUUGAGGGUUUAGAAUUGUUCGAGAAGAUGGUAAUGGAGGGUUUUGAACCGAAUGAUGUUACUGUCAUUUCAGUUCUUAGAGCUUGUGCUGAUACUGGAGCUCUAAGUGUAGGCAUAAAAUUGAAUGAAUAUGUUAAUGGUAAAGGAACUGGGUUGAAAAAGAAUGUUGUUACUGCUCUUAUUGACAUGUAUUCAAAAUGCGGGUGCAUAGAUAGUGCAAUGCGAAUUUUCAAUGAAGCUGUCAAUAAAGAUGUUUAUGUUUGGACAGCAAUGAUAGCUGGCCUUGCAAGCCAUGGCCUAUGCAGGGAAGCUAUUGCAUUAUUUGAUCGCAUGGAGAUUGUUGAUUUGAAGCCAGAUGAGAAGACAAUGACUGCUGUAUUAUCGGCUUGUAGGAACAUGGGGUGGGUUGAUAAAGGUUUAACAUAUUUCAAGAACAUCAAGAAAGUAUAUAAUGUAAGACCAACUGUACAACAUUAUGGGUGCAUAGUAGAUUUGCUUGCUCGAGCUGGACGACUAGAAGAUGCUCAAGAGUUCAUCAAAUCCAUGCCCAUUGAACCUGAUGCUGUUCUGUGGAGAUCUUUGAUAUGGGCUUGUAAAGUUCAUGGAGAUACCCAGAGAGUGGAGCAUUUAAUAAAACACGUCGAAGGUUCAAAGAUGGAUUCUACUGAUGAUUGUGGAACUUAUGUGCUGCUUGGUAAUGUGUAUGCAUCUAAAGGGAAAUGGAAGAAUAAAGCAAAGGUGAGGCGGCUAAUGAAUCAAAAAGGGCUUGUAAAGCCAUCAGGGCACAGCCGGAUUGAGAUUGAUGGUGUUAUCUAUGAAUUUAUGGCUGGAAGUACUUGUCACUUUGAGGCGGAAAGCAUUUAUAAGAAGUUGGAUGAAAUAGAGGAGGAAUUGAGGGGCAAUGGUUAUUAUCCAAAACUAUCAGAGGUUUUGCUUGAAAUAGACGAUGAAGAGAAAGCAUCACAGCUACUUCACCACAGUGAGAAGCUUGCAGUCUCUUUUGGACUGAUAAAAGCCAAGCCAGGGACCAUAAUUAGGAUUGUAAAAAACCUACGAUCUUGUGAGGACUGCCACUCUUUCAUGAAAUAUAUUUCGAGUGUUUACCAACGAGAGAUAUUAAUUAGGGAUCGCAUACGUUUCCAUCAUUUCAGGAAUGGAGAGUGCUCUUGUGGGGAUUAUUGGUAAUAUGAACAAUAAAAAUAGAUGAGUGUGAGUGAAAGCAAAAGUUUCUGACUGAAUCAUAGAUGCAACCUGGACUUGGAAGUUAUGU